AUGCAGUUACCUUGGCGGACGUCACGUUUGGAGCAGCGACACCCGGACGAAGCAGCGAGGAGUGAACAGCUGUGUGACGGUUACACACCUGGCCCAGGGUCGAAUCCCUUGGUUACGGCGCCAACUGUGACGUCGCUCCUCCCUGGUCGCUCCUCCUGGUUCCAAGCGUGCCGCUCCAACCCCUUGAAUUGUGUAUGUCGGAGUGUGGUUUGGUUCGACACUGGGGCUAAUUUCUAUCGAUCAUUCGCAGUUGAUUCUUCUCUUCGACUUGAGUUGUAUUUCUUCUUCUUCGUCGACUUAGGAUGGAAGUUCUUUUGUCUUCGACUUGGGCUGGAAGGAUCUCUUGCCGCAACUCAGCCGCAACUCUCUGUCGUCCGAGGGGCGAGUGAAUCGGGCCUGAUGGCCGCGUUCAGGCUCUAUCCCUGCCCGCGGUCCAGCUGCAACUCUCAACUCCAACUGAUUUCUGUCGACUGGGGUCCUGCUUUUAUUGACGCCGCAACAAACUGGGGUGGUGCCUUUGGUGGGGGGAGGCACGUAUGUCAGGUGACCGCUUUCGACCAAUGGUUCCUGAUCAGGGAUUUCUUUCUCUUCUUUUUCUGCAGAUCACGUGACCGUUUCCGACCAAUUGUUAUUGAUCGAGCAUCCUUUCUCCUCCUUUCGGGCGUGGUUACAUCGUUCUUGUUUUUAAAAAAAACAAAAUCUAAGUUGGCCUUUUUCGCACAUAUCUUUCUGACUCGUGUUUUUGUUAAUGACCGCUUUUUGUAUUUCUCGACCUCUCUCUUUUGCUUUCUCUCUUUUCCUCUCUUUCCCCUUCCUUCUUCUUUCCUUAGGAUCGUCUAA